GUCAAGUUUGCCAAAUGCUGGACCCUCACUCCCUCCAUGCUUUCAGGUUGUCGUUCGACUUCCUCCCAGGCAGCGACAUGUUCUUGAGAGCCCCACUGAUCAGAGAACGGCAGAAGCAAAAUUUAGCGAGUACUCCACGUCUCAUGACAUCUGGUCUGUAUCUUGUUUCAGUCAGGUCAUCGCUCCAGCAUGAUGACUUCGCACGUAACGUUCGCGCCCGGGGUCUUCAAGCAGGCGUUACUCAGGCGGCUCAUAUCUUUCCUGCCCUUACGAACAAUGGGAUUUCUGUCUCUGAGGAAGGGGAUCCGAAGACUUGUUAUGCCACAUCUGUAUGUGCCACGGUAGACGACUUCGCAGGUUGCAAGAUCGGUGAAGAACUUGACGUCCCUAACAUCCAUCGUCUCGAAAAUAUCUCGAUUUUGAGCAUGGGCCUGCACAGUGCACGAGUUGUUUGAUACCCUCGACGUUCGAAGAAACGGUGCGUCGACGGUCGCGCCAUUAAUAUAUGAUUGAUAAUUGAUGGCUGAUAUACCCGUGCAUCAUUACCAUUUGAAAUACAGUGGAAGAUAUACGGUUUUUGGCGCCCGACGGAUCGUCCGCGCCGACUCCGCGGAAGCUUUGGGCUAUGGUUUAUGAACAAACUUCAAGCCGGUCCAGUGUUUUGAAGGUCUUAUGUUCUAUGGAAGCGACCGGUUAUUCGCUCCAUAAUGGUUGUUUUUUGUAGCUGUAGAAUGUAGUUGGAAC